GAAAGCAAAAAUAGAGUCUAUAUACUUCACUCUGUUUCCUCUGUUUUCCCAACUCUUUUUUUUAAUUGUGUUUUUAUGAUCAUGAAGACCAAAGUAUUUUCACUCUGUACUAUGAUCAUAGUAGCAUGUGUGUCUUUUCUCUUUGCACAAACUGCUGCUACCAUCUCUUUUGUCCAAAGCCAAUUCUUCUCCUGAGUCCUGAGUGAAGUCGAAAAUUCACAAGCUCCAUAAUCCAUAUCAAAUGGAUUCUUCUCAAAUCAAUAACAUAAAAGCUCAGAAGGCAGAUGCAACCCUUCGGAAGCUGGCAAACGUUUUCAGGAUAAUUGAGAUAUGUGUUCUUCUGGUCAUAGUCUGUCGAUUUUCCACUCAGCUCCCUCAUGCUGUCAGGAAUUCUGGUAAAUAUUUCAAGGACUUAACAGUUGUCCUUGUUAGCCCUGGUUUUGUUUUCAUAAUCGGAAACGCAAUAGCCAUCACUCUUUUUGUGCAAUCAGGGCAGUUUCCAACUCAUGAUUCUUGCAGAAAGAAUCCGGGAAGUGAUUACUAUGAUGAGUUUGUGGAGAAGAGCAAAAAGACUGAAAACUCUCAUCAGUAUGAGGUCGACUACGGACAAAAACAGAGUGAAUGCCAAGAGAAAGUAGUUAGUGUGGACGCCCAUACAUCUUGCAAAAGAAAGAAUUGCAGAAGUCGAUCAGAAAAAUUCAGGUUUCUGAAUUGCUAUAAAUCCUGUCGGGAACUGAGGCGGUCGGGUACAGAGAAGUACAAGAAAAGUAAUAAUUCCGGGGAGAGAGUGGCGAAAAAUUCAUCCCCUGUAGAUAACAUGAGCAAUGAAGAGUUUCAACAGAUGAUUGAGGCUUUCAUCGCCGGGCAACAUAAGUUUCGAAUAAAAGAAGAGUACUCUGUGAUUUAACGGUUACUCAUGCACCAUCAUAACCAAGUCUUCUUUUUCUGUUACAUAAAAUUAUCUGUAAAUCGCUAUGUCAUAUAAGCAAUGAAAAAUAAUUUGAUCUGUAUACAACAA